AUGACUGCGGUCCAGCCUUCAGCGCAGGAUACCACGACAGCUAUAACUACAGCCACUGAAGUGACCUCUGCCGAAGACAUGACGCCGUCUAUAUAUCCUCUCCUAGAUAUAGGCACUGCCGCCAGUGUCGACACUACAGAUGGUAAGGAGAAGACAAGGGGGCAGCGGAGAAACCGUUCGAAGAAGGCCUUGAAGCAGAGUAUGGACCGACAGGCAAAGCCACGUGCGCCGGGUACCCUCGAAGAUUGUCCUCAGUACCAGAGCUUUCUGCCCUUCGAACUGAUUUACAGGAAGGCCGAUCAGGGUCGGGGGGACCUGGAUGACUUUGGUAUCAACGGCUGCAGGUACACAGCAACCAAGUAUGGUGUUAGUCGUGAGUAA